GGGGAGGUGGGGGGGGCCGGGAGAGGGGAGUGAGAUCCCCGCGCGAGCCGAGACAGUCGCCCGCCCGCCGCCGCCCGUGCCCCGCGGCUCCCCCUGCCGGAGCGCACGCACAGGACUGGAAGAAGAAAGACAAGUUUAAUUCAUGAGAACGAUAAGAGAGCUUACAACAGAUUGGAAUGGAUUGAUUUACGAUACCUCUGAUAUGUGAGAGCUACAUUUUGUGUUGCUUUGGCCAACUGCUGCUGAUGGACUUCAGCUGACUUCAUUGCAGCAAGCCCAACAGAUAGGUCCUCAUCUCUAAUAGAACAUAAACAAGUGUGAUGCUGAAAUGAGAUGAGGCUCCGAAAUGGAACUGUGGCCACCGUGUUAGUUUUCAUCACUACUUUCCUCAGUUUGUCCUGGUAUACUGCAUGGCAAAAUGGGAAAGAAAAGUUGAUUGCAUAUCAACGGGAAUUUCAUGCUUUGAAGGAACGUCUUCGUAUAGCUGAGCAUCGCACUCUGCAACGCUCUUCUGAGCUGAAUGCUAUCUUGGAACAGUUCAGGCAUGCAGUAGCUGAAACAAAUGGGAGUAAGAAUGCAAUGAAUAAUUUUUCAGAUGAGACGCUGAAAUUGUUAAAAGAGCUAACAAGUAGAAAAUCUCUUCAAGUGCCAAAUAUCUAUUACCAUUUGCCUCAUUUGUUGAAAAAUGAAGGAAGCCUUCAACCUUCUGUGCAGGUUGGCCUUGGAAGGACAGGAGUUUCCAUUGUAAUGGGAAUACCUACAGUGAAAAGAAAAGUCAAGUCUUACCUUACAGAAACUCUCCACUCCCUUAUUGAUAAGCUGUCCCCUGAAGAAAAACUGGACUGUGUUAUGGUUGUCUUUAUAGGAGAGACUGAUCUUGAUUAUGUUAACAGUGUUGUUGCAAGCCUGGAAAAAGAGUUUUCUACAGAGAUGAAUUCUGGCUUGGUGGAAGUAAUAGCCCCUCCUGCAACUUACUAUCCUGACUUGACGAACUUGAAGGAGACAUUUGGAGACUCAAAAGAGAGAGUGAGAUGGAGGACGAAACAAAACUUGGAUUAUUGUUUUCUUAUGAUGUAUGCUCAGAAAAAGGGGGUUUAUUACAUUCAGCUUGAAGAUGACAUCGUUGUCAAGCAGAAUUAUUUUAGCACAAUAAAAAAUUUUGCACUUCAGCUCGCUUCUGAAGAUUGGAUGAUUCUAGAAUUUUCUCAGCUGGGUUUCAUUGGUAAAAUGUUCCAGUCUCCAGAUAUCACUCUUAUUGUUGAGUUCAUAUUUAUGUUUUAUAAGGAGAAACCUAUUGAUUGGCUGCUGGACCAUAUCCUCUGGGUGAAAGUGUGUAACCCUGAGAAAGACGCUAAACAUUGUGAUCGACAGAAAUCUAACCUGAGGAUACGCUUCAGGCCUUCUCUUUUCCAGCAUGUUGGCCUCCACUCCUCUCUAGCAGGGAAGAUCCAGAAACUAACAGAUAAAGACUUCCUGAAACCAUUAUUGCAUAAAAUCCACGUGAAUCCACCUGCAGAGGUUUCAACAUCUUUAAAAGUCUACCAGGGACACACACUAGAAAAAACCUACGUAGGGGAAGAUUUUUUCUGGGCUGUCACACCUGUUGCUGGGGAUUAUAUUCUAUUUAAAUUUGACAAGCCAGUCAAUGUAGAAAGGUACUUGUUUCACAGUGGCAAUCCAGAGCACCCAGGAGACAUACUUCUGAACACUACUGUGGAAGUUUUGCCUUUUCAGAGUGAAGAAACGGUAUUAAGCAAAGAAACCAAAGACAAACGUUUGGAGGAUGGCUACUUUAGGAUAGGUAAAUUUGAAAACGGUGUAGCUGAAGGAACAGUUGACCCCAGCCUAAACCCUAUUUCAUCAUUCCGGCUUUCAGUGAUACAGAAUUCAGCAGUUUGGGUGAUUCUGAAUGAGAUUCAUAUUAAAAAGAUUACAAACUGAUCACAGAAACCUGCUUUAGAGGAAAAAGAAAGAAUCCUUAACUUUUCCAAUAAGAUCUGACAUCUUUAACAAGUCACAAAUUGAAAAUACUGAGCAUGCACCUUAUUCCAAAUUUCUUUCAUUUUCACUUGAACUCUACCUCUUGUGAAAUCUACUGUAGAAGAGAAGAUUGUAUUGACCCCAUCUUACCUGAUCCAUCCAGAAACUGAUGCUCCACACUGAUAAUGUUCGUCUGAGGCCAAAGUUGUCCUCCACUUUAAUGUGACUUUACCAUCCUAUGGUUACAGAUCCCUGCUACGCUUAACCUGUACUAUUUUGAUAGUAUAGUACUAUAGAGAAGUUGUACAUAUUGUUACAUUCCUUGAAGAAGAAGAAAAAAAAAAUUAUUGUUAAAUAUGUUUUAUGAAGGGGGUACUUUCGGAGUUCCAUUUAUUUUCUAUGACAAGAACCCUCUUUUAUAGACUGUCAGGGAUAUAUAUUAAAAAUGUUAGGGAUAUUUAAUUUAUUAAAAUAAUUUGAAAAGUACAUAUUUUUAUGCAGUAGAAUUUUAAAUUGAUAUAGUUUUUUUAUGAAUUCUCUAGUUUAAGUUAUCUUUCUACAUUUUCCUUUGGAGAUGCAAACAUUAAUACCAUAUUUCAACUAUACUGCCAUGUUUAAAAAAACCCUAGAUUAAGUUUCUAAAUUAUGUAGUUUUGUACACGGAAUGUGAAUGAUGUUCAGAGGCAUUAACAGAGCUCCGAAGAGCAUUUUUCUUUGGGGCUAUGAAUUUCCACUAUGUACAGUUUGUAGCCACAUGAAAAGCAUGCUGAAAUGUCUUGUUUCAUAUUAUGUACAAAAUCUGCAGUGAUUUUAGAUUGAAUCCAUUGCAUUUUAGAAGAAUUUUUUCAAUUCCAAACAGUUCUUUCUAAAAAUCUUUGUAGACAUUUCCUAGCCUGGACAAAUUCAUUUUCUGUACUGAAACAAGAUCAUUCUCCAGCUUUGCUUUGGAAUGACAGAGGUUAACUUUGAUCAAAACAAUUAAUAGGAGUUAGAUACACUUGA